UCCACGAUCAACAACGCGUUGAAAGUCUUUGGUAUCACAAAGCGCAGCCAUCUCCUCCAACUUACCCACAUCCUCGGCAUCACCAUGCUGGACGACGUCGAAUCAGAGCUCAUGGGGAUGGGCAAGGAGCUCGACAAGGACGAAGAAAUCGAGCGAAUCCGUAACAUCUUCAGCCUCAACGCCUACGCUGUCCUUGAUAUUCAGCCUGGUGUCCCUGAAUCCGACAUCAAGAAAGUCUACCGCACCAAAUCUCUCCUCAUCCAUCCCGACAAGACCAAGAACCCCAACGCGCCAGAUGCCUUUGACCGCCUCAAAAAGGCGCAGACUAUGCUGCUCGACGAGAAGUUGCGCGCCGAGCUUGACGAGUCCAUCGCCGAUGCGCGCAUGCUGCUGAUGCGCGAGAAGAAGCUUACCGCCGACGACGAGGAGACCAGGGGCCCUGAGUUCGCAAAGGAGUGGCGCGAGAAAACUACCUGGGUAAUUCGGGACAACGAGCUAAGGAAGCAGCGGCAGCUGAAGGCACAGAUGCGCGAGGAGGGAAGAGCACAGAAGAAAGAAGACGAGGAAUUAGCCGAGCGCAAACGGAAACGCGAACAUGACGAUGCGUGGGAGAAGACACGCGACACGCGCAUAAACAGCUGGAGGGAUUUCCAGCAGGGAAAGAAACCAGAGCCUACCGAGGGCGCAAAGAAGAAGAAAAAGAAGGUCAAGGCUUUGGGUUGAGGGCGUGUGGCUGGCAAGGCUACAGUGAGAAACCCAUCUCUCACUAUGCACCCUUGAGUCUCCACUUCCCCGCAGUCGCAGUUCUUACACUGUUACGUCUUGCAUAUCCUUCUGGCUUUCAACCUUUCAACCCAGCGCCAAACAUGCAAAGCCUCACGUCUUAUCUCCCCACGCGCACAGACGGCCCGUUCACUCAACCCCAAGAGAGAGUUUUUGGAGCAUGGCGCCAAGGUGUACUGAGCGUUUCACCCUGCAAAACUUGAGCGUACACAAGCAACCUCUAUCUAGACAGUGUGCAGUUCCAAGGGAAAACGAGGACUAAUGGCGUCAUGCCAUGUCUCAGCAGGCAAGGCACAACGAAUCGAUGCUUGGGUAUGGAUAACAAUGAAGUGCAUUACAAAACACAUAGCAACUAGGUAUGAAUACAACCAGAAUCACACACACACACAC